AUGGCGGCAGGAGGAGUUGAAAUUUCCAGAAGUUCUGUCGCCGUUGAUCGUGCUCGUGAGUUUUACCCACGCCACGGUGGUAGAGACGGUGAGAGGCGUCAGACCAAACGACCCAACGAAUUUGACCGCAGGUGGAAUGAUGGGAGGCGCGAUUCACGCGUGGCUUCUCAAAGAGGAGAAGCCCGUGAGGAAGAUGGUGCUCAGAGACCCUCUGAGAAGAGGAGGAAGUGUUCUCCUCUCGCUUGGGAGAGAGAAGAUAAAGUGGUUCGAGCUACGCUUUGUGAGAACAACAUAAUAUCCAAGCAGAUUGUUGAUGUGGCUGCUACAAAGAAGAUAUCUUCUGAGGAUCACGUCGGUGUUCUCUCCCCAGAGCGUGUUUCUACAGUGCCGUUGACUCGCCAGCAUCCAUUUGAUGAUCUCGAGGAGGGCCAGUUGGAGGAUGAGCAGGUGGUUCUGGCACCAAAUAUCGCUACGUCUAAAUGGGCUACGUGUUUGGAAUCUCCAAAGGAGGAGGAAAAGUUAACAUCUUUCAGUAAUAGCAGAUGGAAUAGUCCUGAGAGCGGGGAAUUCCAAGUGGAGGCUUCUGAAGAACGGAGGUCUAACUCGUCUGGUUCCGGUAGCGGAGCUCGCAGCUUAGAACCUGUUAGUGCUCAUGAACAUUCAGAGCAUGAGUCAGAGGGUCGUGUUGAUAUGGAUGCUGGUGAAGCAGAGUGUUGUACUUCUGAUGUUAACGAGUCAGAAAAUGAUGAACCAGAGGGAGGCUUGAGCAUGCUAUCUGGUAGUAGAGAUGUAAAUGAGUAUCAGAAGCUAAGUAAGAUAAACGAAGGCACUUACGGUGUUGUUUUCAAAGCCAAGGACAGGAAGACGGAGGAGAUUGUGGCACUGAAAAUGAUCAAGAUGAACAUGGAAGAUCAGUAUGGAUUCCCGUUGACGUCUUUGAGGGAAAUCAACAUUCUUUUGUCGUGCAACCACCCGUCGAUUGUGAACGUCAAGGAAGUUGUGGUGGGAAACGGUGAUAGUGUUUUCAUGGUCAUGGAGCACUUGGAGCAUGACUUGAGGGGUGUCAUGGACAGGAUGAAGCAGCCUUUUAGCACCAGCGAGGUAAAAUGCUUGAUGAUUCAGCUGUUGGAGGGUAUGCAAUACCUCCAUAGCAACUGGAUCAUUCACAGGGAUCUAAAGCCGUCGAAUCUUCUAAUGAACAACAGUGGGGAGCUGAAAAUAUGUGAUUUUGGAAUGGCUCGCCAAUAUGGGAGUCCUAUCAAGCCCUACACUCAGUUGGUUGUUACACAGUGGUACAGGUCUCCAGAGCUUCUUCUAGGAACGAAGGAGUAUUCAACAACAGUUGAUAUGUGGUCGAUUGGGUGCAUUAUGGCUGAAUUGUUGUCUCUGAAACCUCUUUUCCGAGGGAAAAGUCAGAAUGAUAUUGACCAGCUUCAACAGAUCUUUGCGGUUCUUGGGACACCAAGCGAGGCGAUCUGGCCUGGAUUCUCGUCGUUGCCGGGAGCAAAAGCCAAGUUUCGUAAGCAACCGUACAAUUUACUACGUAAGAAAUUUCCUGCUGCAUCUUUUACAGGAGCUCCAGUUCUUUCAGAAUUGGGACACCAAGCGAGGCGAUCUGGCCUGGAUUCUCGUCGUUGCCGGGAGCAAAAGCCAAGUUUCGUAAGCAACCGUACAAUUUACUACGUAAGAAAUUUCCUGCUGCAUCUUUUACAGGAGUCUCCUCUAAACUAA